AUGCCUCCAAAAUUCGACCCAACUGAAGUUAAGUACUUGUACUUGAGAGCCGUCGGUGGUGAAGUUGGUGCUUCCGCCGCCUUGGCCCCAAAGAUUGGUCCAUUAGGUCUAUCUCCAAAGAAGGUCGGUGAAGAUAUUGCCAAGGCCACCAAACAAUUCAAAGGUAUCAAGGUUACUGUCCAAUUGAAGAUUCAAAACAGACAAGCUACCGCCUCUGUUGUUCCAUCUGCUUCUUCCUUGGUUAUCACUGCCUUAAAGGAACCACCAAGAGACAGAAAGAAGGACAAGAAUGUUAAGCACUCUGGUAACUUACAAUUAGAUGAUGUUAUCGAAAUCGCCAGACAAAUGAAAGAAAAAUCCUUCGGUAAGAACUUGGCUUCUGUCACCAAGGAAAUUUUAGGUACUGCUCAAUCUGUUGGUUGUCGUGUUGAUUUCAAAAAUCCACAUGAUAUCAUUGAAGGUAUUAACGCUGGUGAAAUUGAAAUUCCAGAAAACUAA